AUGGGCGACUACGGCAGCAGCUCCGAAAAUGACAACGCUAGCACACUCUUCGGCCGCACCAAGGCACUGUUCUCUGCAAAGACUGCCAACACAGAGCUGAACAUCGUGGAGGCCAUCCGCUCAAUCUACCCCGACAAGCACGUAACACCCGUGCACAAAGGCUUUGCCAACCUCACCGAAUUUGCCCAAGCAGGUCAUGCUACGGCGACGUUGAGGCGUGAUGGUAACGAAUACCUUCACAACCGCCAAUACAUACCACCAGCCAGCCGCAUGGAAUCUGGAGAUGGCAAGCUGGUCGAGAGCGUGAAGCUCGGCCUUUACGACUACACACAUCAAGAUCAGACCUGCCUGGUCUACUACGCAGAAUGGUCUUCUAGUUGUGGCACGACCAUGAUGUAUUUCGUCUUGACUCCUGCCAGUGCUGCUUCUGCCGAGUGCUCCGAGCAAGCCGACAACCUGAUCAAAGCAGCAGGCAAGUGGUCCUCUCAGCUGCACGAGGAAGUGUAUGUCUUUGACUCUGGUCGUUGGAUGAAAGACCACAAGCUGUGGGAGGCAGUACAGAACUCAUACUGGGACGAUGUCAUCCUGGACCCUGCCAUGAAAGACACCCUCAUCAACGACGUCGAGAACUUCUUCGACUCUCGUGCCGUGUACGAGGAGUACUCUGUGCCGUGGAAACGCGGCAUCAUCCUUCACGGCACACCAGGAUGCGGAAAGACCAUCAGUAUUAAAGCAUUGAUGAACAGCCUCCAGAAGCGCAACGUCGCGAGCAUGUACGUCAAGUCCUUCGAAGCACAAGACGGCCAGCAAUUCUCCAUCCGCCAGAUCUUUCGACAAGCCAGGAUCAUGGCGCCAUGUAUGCUCAUCUUCGAAGAUCUGGACUCCCUCGUCGUGGACAAGGUUAGAUCCUACUUCCUCAACGAGGUCGACGGCCUAGAAGACAACGACGGUAUCCUCAUGAUUGGCAGCACAAAUCACCUCGAGCGUCUCGAUCCAGGUAUCGCCAAGCGUCCAUCCCGUUUCGACAGGAAGUACCACUACAAACUGCCCGGCGAGCGCGAGCGCAUCCUGUACUGCGAGUACUGGCGCAAGAAGCUGCAAAAGAACAGCAGCGUCAACUUCGACCAAGAGAUCUGCAAUGUUGUAGCACAACUCACCGAAGGCUUCAGCUUCGCAUACAUGAAAGAGCUUUUCGUCCAGACUCUCCUCGCCAUCGUCGGCGGCAGGGCCGAUAUCGAAGAUGACGACGAAGAAGACUUCUACGACCAUGCCAAAGAAGCCGCAAAGGAGACCAAGAUCGCCGAAGGCUCUGGCAGUCUCCUCAAAUCCGACGAGACCGUCGAAACCACUACGGUGAUCUCCGAAGCGGCAGAGUCGAAGCCUCAACACACCAUGCCCGACGCCACGAUCCCUGAACAUUUGCAACCGAAUUCUUUGAUGCGCAUCCUCCACAAACAGACGAAAGCUUUGUGGCAGGAGAUGGACAACACUGCUGAUGAGAUUCAUCGUCGGACGAAGGUUGGCGGGAGUGGUGACAAACGUUCUGCGAUCAAAGCCCGUAUGGCGGCGAAGAGGCGCUGA